GUUCCUUUGCUUUUCCACUUCACCAACCACUCCUAAAUCAUUUCCCACAUAUUUCACUCAUUCUCCUCUCAAAUACUUCCUCCAAACUAAAGUACUCCUCCGACACAUAUCUUAUAUAUUCCAACAAAGUGGUAUCAGAGCCAUAAGUUCCUACCUAUAGUAUGGCUAACUUGCCGUCGUUCCAAGUUCUCAUGCUCAAUAAGAGCAGUUUCGAUUAUUGGAGUAUCAAGAUGAAAGCGUUAUUGGGAGCCCACGACGUUUGGGAGAUCGUGGAGAGUGGCUACGAGGAGCCGCAAGACGAGACCGAUUUAUCCCAACAACAAAGGGAUAGAUUGCGAGAUGCGAGAAAGAGAGACAAGAAAGCUCUCUAUCUCAUCUACCAAGCUCUAGGGGACGAUGAUUUCAAGAAGAUCUCAAGUGCAAGCGCCACAAAAGAAGCGUGGAAGAAGCUCCAAAUCUCGUGUGUUGGUGCGGAGCGAGUAAAGAAGAGUCUUGGCAGAAUCAAAUUAAAUGAAAAAGAAAUGGUGAAAAAUUGGAGGAUGUUAGAAUCAUGGAGAAAAUAUUGCGCUCUCUAACCCCUAAUUUUGAGCACAUAGUAGUUACAAUAGAAGAAACAAAAGAUUUGAAGGAAAUGACUAUUGAUCACUUAUUGGGUUCGCUACAAGCAUAUCAGGAGAAACAAAAGAAGAAACAAGAAAUUGUGGAGCAACUUUUAAAGUUGCAAGUAAGCCCACAGGAGAAAGAAGAACGUUCCAGUUAGUUUGAUGUGGAAGUCAUCUCCACUCCCAAUGAUGGUAGUUGGUUUCUUUUGCCUUCAAAAGUGGUGCUUGUGGGCAUUAGUAGCACAAAAACUCGUCAAUUUAGAUUUGAAGUGCGACUAUGAAGAGCUGUCAACUUUGCUUGGAGACUGGCUAAUCUAUCAAACUGGGCACUUUGUGCCUUGUGGAUU